GGAGGUGCAUGUGUAUCAGCCGGAGGUUCAUGUUUAUCAGCCGUAGGUACAACUACAUCAGCCGGAGGUGCAUGUGUAUCAGCCGGAGGUUCAUGUUUAUCAGCCGUAGGUACAACUACAUCAGCCGGAGGUGCAUGUGUAUCAGCCGGAGGUUCAUGUUUAUCAGCCGUAGGUACAACUACAUCAGCCGGAGGUGCAUGUGUAUCAGCCGGAGGUUCAUGUUUAUCAGCCGUAGGUACAACUACAUCAGCAGAAGGUGCAACUACAUCAGCCGGAGGUGCAGCUACAUCAGCCGGAGGGGCGGCUACAUCAGCCGGAGGUGCGGCUACAUCAGCCGGAGGUGCGGCUACAUCAGCCGGAGGUGCGGCUACAUCUCGCAGGGUCGCGUCUACCACAGGCGGAGGUUCGCCUGCAUGAGGCGGUGGCCCCUCUUGCAAUGACAUCGCCUCUUUCACCUCACCAACGGCGUGUCUGCCCUUGUUCUGAUUAAGUUAAUCCAUCCCUCACACCUCAACGUCGGAUGUGGGUCGUGAAGUAAUGGCUUACAAUUCAAGUUUCACGGCCGAAUUUGCAGUAAUGUUUAUAAUCCUUAGAACAACCUUGCGACACAAAUGAACGUAUCCAAUAUCACCACAACGAAGAUUGAAUCCAAGUUCAGAAUCCUUGAGAAAACGUCUGUGGAAGAGCUAUUGAUUCAUUUCAUAAGUUUCCCGCAAAACAUUGCUGACAGAUACACACUUGUGAUGAAUAAAUCCACAUAAAUAAAUAUAUUUGAAGAUAUGUCUGCUUCUACGCGAGACUUAUUAUAACGAGCAUGGUAAGGGGGGGGGGGGGCCUUCGGGUCUAGAGGAUCAACGACACGCUAAUGAUAUUUUACAAACUCUACCACAAGACCUGCGGGGAUUAAGAAUACAGACGCUUACAAUAUGUUACAAAUCUGAAUCCUUAACACAAGAGCUCCGGCUCAAAAGAAUUAAGACGUAUAAUAAUUAUAAUCUCUAACACAAGUUUCGACAUUCUGCCCGAUGCAUUAGACUAAAACCAUGUAACAACCUUUGCAUAUAAAAUUGUGUUUUCCGAUCAGCGACUCAAUCUUUAUGAUACCUACGAUAGGACAAGCCGCGAAACGUUAGAUCAAGUGUUACUUUUAAAACACGUCGCCACUACUACGCAGGGUCAAGAAAUAAGACAAGACCAGAUAUGUGAAAGGAAGCACACAGUGUCACUGAAUAAACCGGAUUGUAUUACCGACUGCACUUUAACACACGCGUUAUUUUCACGGACUAAU